AUGACGAUUAGAACAGUCCGUCCGAACCGGUUACAACAUUUCCGGCCCCGCAUGCACUGCUUCAAAAAGCUAGAGGCCAUUGUGGUGGAAAUGCAGGACCCAAAAAGUGGGGUCAAAGGCUCGGAGCAGAAACUCAACGUCAAUACCAUACCACAUGUCAUCACUGGUAUAGACAUUAUCACAUGGAUCAGCAACAAGAUGAAGACCACUCCAGAAGAGGUUCAGGCCUUUGGCACCAUGUUAGUGGCUUACGGCUACAUCUACCCCCUGCAGAACCACAAGAAGCUGGUGAUGUGCAACGACGGCAGCCUCUACCGCUUCCAGACCCCGUACUUCUGGCCGACACAGAAAUGGGUUGCAGAGGACUCUGACUAUGCCAUUUACCUGGCAAAGAGGAACAUCCGCAAGAAAGGCCUGCUAGAACCCUACGAACAGGUACAUUACAACCACCUCCAUGAUUGGCUGAACCAUAAGUGGGACUUCAUUGUGAUGCAGGCCACUGAGCAGUACAAGGCUGGUAAGGAGAGGAAGAAGCCGGAUCGUGUGGUGUUUGACUGCCAGGAGAGGGCGUACUGGAUAGUCAACAGGCCACCGCCUCGUACUCACAGCGCUAUGGACUGUGGUCCAGAACGUCUUAUUGAUCCAACCGCAGAUGAGAAAAUCACCUUUGACGCGUACAGACGCAUGAACCUGUUCUACCAACAAGCUAUCAUGAGGUCAAAGGUCAAAUCUAGUGUGUCCCUUGGAGCACUGGCCAAGUACGUCACAACCUACAAAAACCACGACCCGUUCCUGGCUCCCUGUCUACCCAGCAACCCCUGGCAAACAGACAAUGACGCAUACUGGACUUUCAACACGAGACGAGUUGACGUUCCCACUAAGAUGCGAGUGGAGCGCUGGUCCUUCAGCUUGUUCGAGCUGCUGAGCGACCUGCGAGGUCGAGACGACUUCAAGGUCUUCCUCAAGAAGGAGUUCAGCGGGGAGAACUUGGCUUUUUGGGAGGCAGCUGAAGAACUGAAGUGGGGCACAGCAUCUUCCAUGUCAUCAAAGGCUGAGACCAUUUUCAAGACCUUCUUGGCCCCCGGUGCCCCCCGCUGGAUCAACAUUGAUGGCAGGACAAUGGGUCUGACAGUGAAAGGCCUGGAUCAUCCUCACCGCUACGUACUGGAAGCAGCCCAGACACACGUGUUCCUGCUCAUGAAGAAGGAUACUUUCUUCCGUUACCUCAAGUCACCAGUGUACAAAGACAUCCAGAAGAAGGCCCUGAACCCUGAGCCUCAUAACUUCAGUCCAGCCCAGCUGGAGCAAAAUGCUCAGAACCGAAGUCUAGGCAUCCAUCCCAUCAUCCUCUGGGAGCAGGAGGAGGUGGAAAAGGCCAAGGCUGCUGCUGCCUCCGCACCCGUCGACGUCAAGGCCAUGAUGAGCAAAAUAGACAGGAACAAGUAG